AUGGGCUCUUUUAACCUAGAUGUCACCUCCCUUAACGGGAUUGCGGCCAAGGGACUAGUCACGCGACUAUCUGGCCUUGGGAGUGUGCUGCUUGGCGGCGUCGUCGUUUACUACAUUGGCCUGGCCGUGUACAGACUCUACUUUCACCCACUUGCCAAAUUCCCUGGCCCACCUCUCCUGGCCAUCAGUAGCGUACCCUUUCUCUUCCAAAACUACAUGCAAGGAAACUUUGCGCCGAGUGUAGGGGCGCUCCAUGCAAAGUACGGCAAGAUCGUGCGCAUUGCGCCCGACCGACUGGCCGUCGAGGGUUCCAUCGGGUGGACCGACGUAUACGGACACCGCCCGGGAGGUAACGAGACCGAGUUUCGGAAGGUCAAGGGGUUCUAUGGUCCCCCGCAGGAUAAUCAUAUUAUCGCUACCCUCACCCGCGAGGACCACCGACGCCAACGGCGCGCUCUCGGUCAUGCAUUUAGCGACACGGCCAUGCAUGAGCAGGAGCCCCUGAUCACGUACUACGUCGACCUUUUAAUUCGCCGCAUGUCCGAAGAAGUCCGCAGCGGUGCUCCCUCUGAUUUUCUCAAAUGGUUCAACUAUGUUAGCUUCGAUAUCAUUGGCGACCUGUCCUUUGCCGCCUCAUUCAAGUCCCUCGAAACCCGCAAGGCUCACCCCUGGAUCACAAACAUGUUCGAAGGCAUCAAGGGAAACUCUUACAAUCGCUUCAUCAGGAGCACCUCCCCGCUUCUCCUACCGCUAGCCACGUUCGCUCUGAAAGGCGCCACCAAGGCCUACUGGGAGAACCGCAAGUAUGCCGACGUGACGGCCAAGGCUCGCAUUGAAAAGGGAGCUGACGACGACAAGACGGACAUGAUUGGUACCGAUGGCAAGCCGGUUGUCAGGCGAGAUUUCAUAAGCUACAUGAUGCGCGAGAACAGGGACAAGCAGGCCUUGUCCGAGGCGGAGAUCAUCCGCAACGCCAGCAUCCUCGUCACUGCCGGGAGCGAGACGACGGCGACGUGCAUGUCCGUCCUUGCCUACCUGUUCAGCCUGCCCGAGAAUCGCAAGUGGCUCGAUGCCGCCGUCGCCGAGAUUCGGGGCCACUUCAAGCGGGAGGCUGACGUCCAGCUAAGCACUGUCGGCGCAAAUGUGCUACCUAUCCUGCAUGCCUGCAUCGAGGAGGCGCUUCGCAUCCACCCGCCGGUCCCUGAAACUCCACCAAGAACCUCCCCUGGCGCCGUUGUUGGCGGAGAGUAUAUUCCCAAGGGCACAAUCAUUGGAGUGUACCAGCUCGCCACGUACCACAACCCUGAGAACUUCCUCGAAGCCGACAAGUUCCGACCGCAGCGCUUCCUGUCCCCAAGCCAUCCCUUGUACGAACCCCAGUUCGCCAAGGAUAACACGGCCGUUUUCAAGCCCUUCAGCUACGGCCCGCGCGACUGCAUCGGCAAGAACCUGGCCUAUACCGAAAUGCGCCUCAUCCUGUCGAGGAUUCUGCUUCGUUUUGAUAUUGUGAACCUAGAACCCGUCAGCAAGGAUUGGUUUCAGAGGCAGCGUGCCUUUGUUGUCUGGGAGAAGGGGCCCAUGGUGCUUAGGCUUAAGGAGAGGACUGACCUGGAACUCAAGGCCUGA